AUGACGAAAAAAAAAAUCGUACCACAAGAAUCGGCAGUUGAAGUGUCUGAAGAAGAUGCUCCUCCAAAGACCGCUCCCAGUAAAGGACUAUCGAUAGUCGAUUUUGUAAUGAGAAUCGUUGCUGCUAUUGCUACCUUAGGAAGCACCAUUGCAGUCGGUACAACCAAUCAAACGCUUCCUAUGUUCACCCAAUUUAUCCGUUUCAAGGCUCGUUACCAAGAUCUUCCUACUUUCACGUUCUUUGUGGUUACAAAUGGAAUAGCAACUGUGUACCUGGUUCUUUCGCUUGUGCUGUCAAUACUCCACAUCUUCAUGACCGGUGCAAAAGUGACGAGGACUGUCUUGAUCAUACUCGACAUGAUAAUUCUGGCUCUUUUGACUGCCGGUGCUUCUUCUGCUGCUGCGAUUGUGCACUUAGCACACACGGGCAACGUUGAAGCAAACUGGUCUGCUAUUUGUCAACAGUACAACUCCUUUUGCGAGCGAGUUUCCGGUUCUUUGGUUGGAUCUUUCUUAGGAAUUCUUGUCCUCAUGCUCUUGAUUAUCUUGUCUGCUAUCGCCCUGUCAAGAAAGUGA